UCUGGCUUGACAAACCCUUUCCUUGAGAAAGAAGAGAAGGACCAUGCCAGUAGACGCGAAAGAAACACCUAAACUCUUUCAGCCAGUCAGCGUCGGUGCUCUUACGCUUAGACAUCGCAUUGUCUUGGCGCCAUUGACCAGAUGCCGGAGUACGUCAGAGCGCGUUCCGCUGGACAUCGUCGCCGAGAUGUAUGAGCAGCGUUCGCGUACAGCUGGUACACUGCUUAUUUCCGAAGGAACCGUGGUUGCUGCUCAGGCAGUAGGAUUUCCGCAUACCCCGGGCGUGUGGAGCGCUGAGCAGAUCUCUGGGUGGAAGAAAGUAACGUCCGCUGUGCACAAGAACGGUUCAUUCAUAUUCUGUCAAUUGUUUGCGCAUGGACGUGGAGGCGACCCGUCCGUUGUUGAUGCCGAGGGACCGUUCGACUAUGUUGCGCCGUCCGCUAUCAAGCUCACCGAAUGCGAAAGGACGCCUCGGGAGUUGACCUUGGCUGAAGUCGAGGAAUAUGUGCACCUAUUUGUACAGGCUGCGAAGAAUGCUAUCGAAGCGGGUUUUGAUGGUGUCGAGAUUCACGGAGCGAACGGAUACCUCAUUGAUCAAUUUACUCAGUCGAACUCCAAUCAACGUACGGACGUAUACGGCGGUUCUAUUGAGAAUCGGUCACGGUUUGCUCUCGAGAUCGUAGACGGUGUGUCGAAGGCCAUAGGUGCAGAGAAGGUCGGAUUCAGGGUCAGUCCGUGGAGCCCAUUCCAAGAUAUGCGCAUGCCGGAUCCGAUCCCGCAGUUCAGCCAUCUCGUCUCCGCUCUACGCUCAGCCCAUCCCAACCUCGCGUAUCUGCAUGUGGUCGAGCCAAGGAUCUCCGGCUCGAACGAUAAAGACCCUUCGACAUACGACCCUACGGAGGAGUCGAACGAUUUCUUGAGGAAAAUAUGGAAAGGAAAGCCAAUUAUCAGUGCCGGUGGAUACACAAGGGAAAGCGCUCUGGAGCACAGUGAAAAGACUGGAGAACUCGUUGCGUUCGGAAGACAUUUCAUCGCGAAUCCGGAUCUCGUGGAAAGGUUUACGAGGAAUAUUCCGUUGAACAAGUACGAUCGAUCGACAUUCUACGCUGUCAUGAGCCCGGUAGGAUACGUGGAUCAGCCUUUUGCUAGCUACGAUUAAGCACCACCCGGGAUGUAUACGAUGACUUCAAUGGCAUGAUAAUUCGUAUGGGGCGCACAC